AAUGUCACUCAGUAGUUCCAGUCAUUCAGUCAUUACGCUUCAUUUGUCAAAGAUGCUAAGCCAAGGUCGGACCGCUGCCAUGUGAUGAAAUAAAAUAAAAAGUAUUUUCACGUAUUUGAUGAUUCACGCCGCUAUAUUGUUGUUCUAAGUGAUGUUAGCGUUCAGAAUAAAGAUUAAUAUUAGCAGUUAUAAUCUACUUCUGUUCGGCUCUGUCAUUUGACACAAGUAUCCACGUGGUGAAUGUCAGAAAAGUCGACGUGUUAAAUUUUUACCUACAUUUUGGAGAGAUGGAAACCUUGAAUAUGGCUAAGUUGAAUUUAUCGAGUGUCCGGCCACAUGCUUCGACCGAAAGCGGCCCAAAAGUUGAGGUAGCAGACCCUAAGAUGAACCCUGUGGUAUUGACUGAUUAUGAUGACGAUUACCAUUGUGAGUACAGGGAUGAGAUAUGGAAGAGCUUACUUGAGCAGGAGGCAGAGAAAUCACCGAUUCAUCUGCAGUCACCUCAGCUGCAAUUCCGAGGUUCCCUAGUACAACAACUUCGUGAUGCCACAAAGAAAUUAGGCCUGACUAUUGCUACACUGCACUCUGCCGUGUCCUUGCUGGAUUUGUUCAUGGAUGCCCACAGACUGAGAGCUGAUAGACUGACUCAUGUUGCAUUAGCUUGCUUAAGUCUUGCCGCAAAAAGCGAAGAUAAAUUCAGUCGCGCUCCAACUCUGAAGACUCUAUCUAGAAUCAGCGGUGUCCAGCUCUGCGGGAAGACAUUCAGACAGCUCGAAUGGAUGGUAGGCCAGCACGUGCGAUGGAGGCUAUUGUCACCGACUCCGGUGACAUUCGCGGCACUAUUGGCUCAGUAUGUUGUCACCGACGCUGACUUGACGACAAGGCAUCCGAAGUUUGUUCGAAGAUUCAGACGGGACGGUGCCAAGAAGCUUGAAGCAUACUUAGAUUUGACUUUAUCUGAUGUGCGGCUGAAGGUGGUGGAGGGCGUGGAGGUGGGGUGCGCGUGCGUGGCGUGCGCGCGCGCCGAGCUAGGGCUGUGCGCUUGGCCGGGCUGGCUGGCCGCACGCACCGCGCGCUCGCCCGCCGCCGUCGCCCCUAUCGCCGCUCUACUUCAAAGGAUGAUGCAAAUACUAAAAUCACGCGACGCGGCCGAUUCCGAGAUCGAUCAGGGCUACGGCAGCGCUAGGACGUCGCCGAAUCUAACGCCAUGUACCUCGCCGAAUCUCCAGACCUCUCCGGCGUCCAGCACUUCGAGCACCUCCAGAGUGAAUGAGUACAGACAAAGGUCGAUCGAAGGUCCGUAUUCGGUUUUAGAUUUAGACGAAUCGAAUCUGCCGAACAUUCAGGAGACUUACUACACGCUGCCGGCUGAGCCUAAUACGCAGAGGGUCAAUAACCCGGCGGACUACAGGUAUUUUAAAUCCAGGAGGAUGCUAGAAGCCAGCUUGGGUUCGGUGCCCAGCACUAGCGUGGCCAUGAAGCGAGGCUUAGAUCCUAACGUCGAAUUGGAGAGUAAAAGGUAUCGUUUGACCUCACAGAUGUCUCAGGUCGUGCUUUGAUUAUAAAUAUUGUUCUGUCUAGUCUUUAGUGCUUGAGGAUUUUCGUGGGAAAAUUGAAUUUCUUUCUUUUUUUUAGUUGUUUAUUUUGAAAUCUGGCAACAUUUUCCUUGGAAUGUUACCAUGUUUCCUAAAAAAAAUUUUAAUGUUAAAUAUUAAGUUUGUCAUGAAAAAUUGUGAUAUCGUGUAUGAAUAAGAAUAACUCCGCAUCCUCGAGCGCUUUAAGUUUGCCGUGGUUAUUGACCGUGAUGAUGUUAGAUUGUGACAUGUAAAUGGUGUUACGGCAACGACAAAGCCUAGGCUAUGUUAUCAGAUAUUCCAAUAUUUUAAUUUAAAACGUGGUAUAGUUUUUUUUUUGUUAAAAAGAAACGCGAUCCAAUUUUGCGCUAUUGUUUUUUUUUUUUAAUUCUGUUUUUAGUACAUAUUUAAUUAUGACUGAGACUGUUUUUCACAUUAGCUAUUUCACACCAUUACUGGUAUACCUGAGAAAAUCACUCUACAUAAAAUGUAUAAUGGAUUAAGAUUUUAGUUGGAUCGUGUUUUUUUAAUAUUUAUUAAAUUACAUGAUAUGUAAUCUUUUGCAUUGUAGUUAUGUAAGAAAGAAUGACCUAAUAACAAAAAAAAAAAAACUAACAUAUUCUACCAUCCAUCCUUGAAUCGGUUCAAAGAGCAAGACUGUUUAAAAAAUUAUAAUUGACUAUAUUAGGAGAGUUUUUUUUUUAACUAAGAUAAUUGAAAUUGUUUUUGAUUUGAUGUUUUUUUUUUUGAUGAUUCGUUGCGGUAUUCACGGUAUUGGACCUCGUUAGUGUUACAAUACGAAAAAUAAAAAAUAAAAACACGUUCCUAUAUAUAUAUAUAUUCCUAAAUUAGUCGAAUGCUUUUGACAUAAACGACUAUUAAUAGAUAUUAACUAGCUGUCGUUGCAAGCUUGUUGAAAUUUCCUUCGCUUAAUCCGUUGGCGUUCUAACUUGGCAACAAUUCAUAGAACUACAAUUGUUUUCAAAAUUUAUUUAUGUUCUCAACGAGUCGCCCUUGAACACAGAAACAAUUAGUCUGUCAUAAAUUUGUAAUGAAAACAAAAAUAUGCAAGAAAAUUAAUUUUCAUUAUGUCAUCGAUCCGCGAAAUCCAAAAUAAAACCUCGGCCGCUAUUCUUCUUAAACUAUCUUGCGAUCCAAAAUAUUAGUAUUAGAACUGGCAACCAUAAAAUCGAGAAAUAAUGAAAACGAAACUAAAAAAAUAAAUCGGUUAAUAGAAAAAAAAUACAAUAUAGUGCUGCUAAUUUAAAUUUAAAUUGUUUCAAAUUUUAAAAUUUCAUUCGAUUUUACCGAAAGAUUAGAAUUUCUUACUAGAGGAUUUAUUUAUCAUUACUUCUAUAUUUCCAAGUACCGUAAGUUCUUUCUUACAUUCUAAGUGCACGUAAAUUAUGUAUGUAUAUAUAUAUAAAAAAAACAAUCGAGAAGUGAUAAAUAAAGUACGCUGGCUGUGAACAUAAAUUAUUAUAGUUCGUUAAACGAAAAAUAAAAUUCAAAGUUCAAUAUAUUUAUUUACUUAGUUCAAACUUCUCGAUUGUGAAAUUGUUAUGACUAAUUGUAAUAAUAUUGUUUUUUUGUUUGUUUUUUUUUUCGAAUAUUAAUUAUUAAUGCAAACUGCAAGGUCAAUAUGGCGCUGUGACGAAUUUUACUGAGCGCCAUUUUGUAUACGUCUAUGGUAAUGUUACGUAACGCGUUACUGACCAUAGAUUAUACACUUAAGUUCGCUGACCUUCGCUUGGGUUAAUUAAUAAAAGGGUCGACGUUUUUGUGACCGAGAUAAACGGGCAGAGAAAAAGCUCAAAAGCUAAAAAGUCGUAGUGACCUUGGGCUUUUUUUUCUUAUAUAUAAUAACUUACCUUCUUACUUUUCUGUAUAAUGAAACAUUAGCGCCAGCUUUAUUUUCUACUGAACUCCAUACGAUUGUCUGCUCACAGCGAGAGAUAUUAAGUGAACUUUACGUUUUCAACUUAUGGUUCAAAUUGCUUUCGCGAGUUAAAAAUUACUUAAAAUUUUUAAAGAAAUGCAUCGUUUUCUCUGUCGCGUCACCGUUGAUCCGCUAGCUAGACUGCCUUAGUACGAAUGACGAAGCCAAAGCAUAGUUUUGACGGUCAUUCUAAAAUGUAUCCUAACACAGGUUUCGUAUAAGUAUCAUUAUUGCGUGUAGUCUUAUUCAAAUGUAACGUUUGCUUGUGACGCGUCGUAUUUCAAUUCGGCUUUAAGCAGGAGUCUAAAUUUAAUAAAAUUAGAUGCGUGUUUGUAAUUAAAGUAAAACCAAACGCAACGUUUAAAAUUUUGAGUUUUUUUUUACCAUAGCAAUUGGAGGUGGUUUUGUUCGGGAUGUCUUUGCCUUAUAAAGUCUAAACCACACUACCUUCUAUUUAAUGCACUGUGUGUGUGUUUAAACUUCAAACAUUAUAACUUAGAUCGUUAAGAUUAAUAAUAUAAUAACUCUUAUGAACGCAAAACUAAGACUUAAUUUUGUUUAAUGCGGUAUUAACCUGACCCAGUAACAGUAUUAUAGGUGUUCGGUUGUGAUUUUAUUUAUUAAAAAAAGCAGCCGCUUUGACCGAAAUCAACUUUCAAAGAUUUAGUUAGCACUACCGCGAAUUCUUAGCCUGAAUGUUUAAUUAAAAAAUAAAUAAUCGAAAUAGCCGUCGCCUUAUAGAACAGUAGGCAAAGACAACGCGACGUUUAAAAAAAAAGUAACUGAUUCACAAUUAAAACUUUUUAAGAAAUAAUUUGUAAUGUGUCUCGCUUCGUUCGUUGUUAGCAACUUAACAAGUCUCGAUUUUUUUUUUUAAAUAUGAGUACUUAUUUUUUAUUUCCAAACCCCGCGAACCUAAAGAAGCCAUUUGCAAUACGAGGCGGCCAUCUUGUGUGUCAGACUAUAAAUAAAUGUUUUGAAAAGGUACGGAAAAACAAAACAUUUUCAUCGUCGUGACAGAAUAAACUUGUUCAAUAUAAACUGCCAUACUUUAAUGAAAUGUAUCCUCGGUGUAAGAAAAUAACUGCUUGAUUUGAAAUUAGUGUUUUUUUUUUCUAAAGUUGUCAGAAUUCGCUCCGUCGAUAUAAUGUCGAAUAAAAUAGAAACGAAACUUUAACCUGGAUGGUUGAGUCGCUAUCGAUCGAUCGAUAAACAUGAUUUUACUAGUUUUAACAGUGCACGCUAUGUAAUAAGAAAAAAAUUUAAGGCGAUGCAUGAACUGGCAAUAUGGUCCUUCUCCCCCUUGCGUAGUUCUCCUCAUUACUGAGGGUCGUGAUUCCUUCGCUGCAUCAGCCUCUUUUGUACGAUCGUCCUCGACCUGCUGCGAUCCUUGGCCUCGUGGAGGGCAUGGUGGAGCUUGAUGUCCAGACAAGACCGAAUUCGACCAUCUUGUGGAACUGCGUCCACUGGGACGUUUGGACGAUCCUUCUAGUGCUAAAUAGUUCCUAGUGCCUAUAAACAUAAAGUCAAAGUCCGUUUCACCCUUCAGACUGUGCACCUCAGUCUGUCUGUCAUGAUAGUCAAAUCAGCUGACGCAGGGUUGAAUGACCUCGUGUGGGCUAUCGCCGGUUGCCUUUGAUUGCGGGUACUUGAAAUAAAAAUGUUUAAUUUAACUAUAUAUAAGUACUUAGCUUUUAUUUGAUUGCCCUUGUAUGCAGACGAGCGCACGGCCCACCUGAUAGUGAGUGGUUACCGUCGUCCAUGGACUUCAGCAAUGCCAGGGGCAGAGCCAAGCCGCUACCUACCGCUGCGAUUAAACCUUUAGUGCUGUUCUAACUUGGACAUGUUCAAGCACUAGUCCAUGAAAUCUUGGGGCGAUUUGUCAUCAUUUCAACUUUCCCUUAAUGAACGUACAAAUUUACCAAAAAAAAGAAAUGUUAUUAUCAAAAGUCAUUCGUAAUUGAAUGAAUAAGUUUAUUUUUGUAACGAGGGUACAUAGUGUAGUCGAAUAUAAUCAUGUCUAGGAACGUCGAAAUCGGAACCAUAACGUCGUAUAUUCAAAUCAGAAAAAAAGCGAAUAAAAGUUUUAUGUGAAAUAAAUUCACCGCAAUAGUUCGCUAUUGUGAAAGUAUGCUCGUAGCGACAAGCGACCUUAUGGUUCUGAAGUGGUUUCUUUUAAACGAUUUAAGGUUGAUAAUGUCUCGUGCAUGAAUUUAUAAAGUUACCACCACAGCGUUUGACGGCGCGCUCUUUAUAAGAUUUUAUAAAAUACAUCGGGUAAUGUUUUAUAGUUUUAUUAGCCAAUUUUCCCGUUUAUCACUUUUGUUUAGUGUUUAGCAAUUUAAAAUCUGGCGACAAAGAACAGCUGCGAAUGUGAAAAUUACAGUUUUCAUCAGAAUAUCAUUAAAAAGACAAUAUAAUCCAUUUCACAAAAAAAAAGAUAACACUCAAAAUAAAUGGUAGCUUACGCUCUAGGUAUGCUUGCCUUAAUACUAAGACAGAUUGCCUGUCUGUCUCUCUCUCUCUCUCUCUCUUUCUCGCUUACAAUAUUUGUAUGCGAAUGAAAAAGACGGAACUUAAUGUAAAAGUUUUUUAGUAGAAAUUUUAAUUUUGCCCUUAAAACGUGAGUCUGUAUAUUUAUUGUUGAAUGUUCCUGAAAAGUGCUUCCCGAAAUAGUUUGAGAGUUCAGAAUUAUUAUUGUUACUUAUAUUAUAUUAUUACAGAAUAAAAUCUCAAUUAUUUCUUCUACCUCGAACUGUGUAAUUAUUUUGGAAUUUAUAUUUCUGAACCCUCAAAAAAGAUACCUCAGUAAUAAUCGUUUGUUGAAAUUGUAACUUUUUAUUUUUUUAAAUCGAUAAACUGUUAUCUGAUUCUGUUAAUCUGUUACAUAAUCUAUAGGUUUCCGAAGUGGCGCCAUCUAUUGUUUAGUGGUGGAGGUUAUGUUUUAAAACGCAUCUUUUUAGAAUUUGUGUUUUUGGUAUAAAAAAAAGAUGUCUAAUUUUAAUGGCAAAAACAGAUUUAAAAUUACGCGAAGGCUUUAAAUUUAUAUCACAAUGCAAACUAGAAGCCAUGAAGACUGAACGAAUGGUACUAUGCUUAAUUCGAAUGAACGGCGUUGGACUGAAAAUGUAAAAUAACGUGUAUAAUUUUUGUACUCUAAAAUUGUCAAAGAAACAUUAUAAACCUUGAAGUAAAUAUUUUAAUUGUA